AUGCUCGGCGUUGCGCUGAGAGGAACUCCGAAGGCCCAACAAACUGUGGUCUACAAGCCUCCGGAGGGUUGGCGGGUGACUUGGCCGACAUCUGACGCCAACUAUCCUCCGACUUUUGACAUCCUCAUGACCGCACCGAAUGAACGGAGAAGAUUCGUCACCUUCAGGUUCUCCGAGAGCUCCAUCCGCAAGUCCAGCGUACAACGCCCCUCUCUUCCACACUCUCUAGACCUCAAAGGCAUAUUCAACUCUAUCCAUGCCCUGCCGCAGUCCACUUCAACUACCACCCAUCACCGAAAAUUUGAGACUGCGCAAGAUAACCGCCUCGGCCACUACGGACAGGAGGAAUCGCUAUGCACACUCUCUAGCCCGCGUCGUUCUCUGCCCGAGGCUAUCGCAAUGCGGGUCGAUAGCCAAGGGCUCGGAGACUGGAACGUUGACCAAGUGGUAGGCGCGAAGGAGUAUGAGGGUCGCACUGUUGAUGACGAUGACGACGGGCUGGUGCUGUCCAACGACCGUUCGACUCAGGAGGUAUGCCCCACCUUCGCUGUGGAGAGCGUCUGUGACGAUGUUCUGAAUCAUUUUUCAGGCUCUCAUAUUCUCAAGAUAUCAAUGUAG